AUGACGCAGGACGAAGUGAAGAUCACCGCGUCGCUCGCGUGUGCGUACUUCCACCCGGGAAGCGCGGUGCGUGGCUGCCUCGAGAUCCGAACGCCCAAGGACCUCUACGUCGAGGCUGGCGCUGUCCAGCUCCACGGCCACAUCUCUGUUGACGCGGAUCUGCUCACGGUGCCCAUUGUGACCCUGGCCAAUUUGGACGACGACCUCGCCACAUCGCUCCAGCUGCCCGACGUGCGCAGCUUCUCGGGCCAAACAGGCACGUGCAUCUACCAGAGCAAGCCCAGUGUCCUCUUCUCUGAUACGGACGUCCACGAGACCCUGCGUACACACUUUGCUGUCGGGCUGCCAGACGACAUGUGCCCGACGUUCAAAGGCAUGUCCGCCCGCGCCUUUUAUAUCCUUACGUUUAUUCUCAAGAUCAAGGGCACUUCGCUCGCCCAGUCGCUGCAUGUGCCUGUCGAAAUCUACGCACCGGCGUACGCAUUCCGCCUCCAGAGUCCGUGUCGAUCGCCCGUACCCGCCGCGCUGCUCUCGCCGAUGGUGGACGAGCACGAGAAGAAGAUCGUGCCGGUUGCAGUGCGUCAUGGCCACGAGAUUCCGUUCGAGAUGAAGCCGCGCCUCAUGCAUGGCCGCGUCGAAGUGGAGCGCGGCCUUGGUGUGCAGCAGAGCCACUUUACGAUCGGGCAGCACUUGGUGCGCGUCAUUUUGCACAAGCAGGCCUUCUUUCCGGGAGAUACGCUGCUCGUGUCGUUUGACUUUGCGGCCGCUACCAUGGCAUGCGACUCGGUCAAGGGUGCCCUGGUGCUCGAAGAGCAUCUCUGCGAGCACUCGCUCGAGCCGGGCAAGAAGGUCGCCACGACGACGCUCGAGACGGUCAUCGAAGUCACGGCCGACCUCCUCCAAACCAACAUGCGCUUUGGCGUGCCAUUCCACGCCCAGCCGUCGAUUGAAACGGACCUCGUGAGCUUCAAGUACGCCAUCUCGUUCGAGUUUCAUCUCGCGGGCGGCCGCAUGUUCCGGUGGGCGACGCCGGUUGUGGUCGUGGCACCACUGCCGCCCGUGCCAGGCCACUUGAAUGUGGCAGCGCCCGUGUACAACGGUCCGUCCCGCGCCCGCGCCCUGCAGAUAGUCGUCUAA